AAUGCAAUUUUAUACUAUAGAAUCUUUAGGAAGGUAGAGAAGCCAUCAUGAACCCGUAGGGCGUGAGGUAUAAUUACUCGUCGUAUUGAUUGGAAGGGCGCGCUCUUGAUUACAUGUAAUUCCCUUUUCGGGCUAGAGCGCACGGACUUUCAGAGAUCGCUCACUACCGCUCCUGGAGGUUAAAUAUCACGACAUACAUACAUCUUCAAUGUCUAAGAUGUGGGAUUAUCGUCGCUGAUACUUAAAUUACCAGAAAAAGGGAAAAUAUGGCAGACUCUAUCGUACCCUCUAAGCCUGUCGUUGAAGAUGUUCUCACCACAACAGAUGCUGAGGUGUCAGCUGAGCAACCUCCUGAGGAGCAACCCACUAAGCCAUUCGACGAAAUCGAGGACCCGAAAGCAAGAACGAAACUCCGUAUAGGAGCGAUUUUAUCAUCUUUAUACCUUGUACUCUUCGUAGCCGCCUUGGACCAAACUAUCAUUGCAACCACAAUCCCCACUAUCUCUGCAUCACUUCACUCAGCCAUGGGAUAUACAUGGAUUGGAAGCGCAUAUUCUCUGGCCACCGCUGCAUCGGGUCCGAUAUGGUCUCGAAUCAGCGACAUCUGGGGCCGCAAGCUCGCUCUACUUUGUGCUGUCGCCUUAUUCGCCCUCGCCAGUAUUCUUGCAGCUGUGAGCACGAAGAUGCAGAUGUUGAUUGCUGCACGUGCCCUCCAAGGAACAGCAGGAGGAGGACUCGGUCAGCUUGUAACCAUCACUAUCUCGGAUCUGUUUAGUGUACGAAAGCGGUCCCUAUACAUGGGGAUGUUAGGCGUCAUGUGGGCUGUUGCAGGAUCCGCUGGACCACCCAUCGGAGGAGCAUUAACACAAUUAGCAAGCUGGCGCUGGUGCUUCUGGAUCAACCUUCCCGUUUGUGGUUGCGCAUUCAUUCUCCUGCUCCUGUUUCUUGACGUGCACAACCCGCGCACGAAGUUCAGCGAAGGUAUCAAGGCGAUCGACUGGCUCGGGACCAUCUCGAUCCUCGCUGUGACUCUCCUCCUCCUUCUCGGACUAGACUUCGGCGGCUCGACAUUUCCCUGGAACAGUCCAAGGGUCAUAUGUCUGAUUGCUGUCGGUGGGGCCAUGAUUCUCUUUUUCCUGUUCUGCGAGAAGAAGCUGGCAAAGUAUCCACUCAUGCCACUAACCGUCUUCAAGACGCGCUCAAACAACGCAGCUUUCAUCGUAGGAUUUGCACACAACAUGGUGUCGAUGGGCGUGGAGUACUACCUCCCACUGUACUUCCAAAGCGUGAAGCAAGCCUCGCCCUUACGCAGCGGAGUUCUCGUGCUGCCGAUGAUGUUGACCAUGGCCGCGACAGACAUGACAUCGGGGUUUCUGAUCCACAAAACAGGACGGUACAGGGAAAUCAUGUGGGUGGGUGUUUCAAUGAUGACCCUGGGUACGGGUCUCUUCAUACUCUUCGAUGUGGACAUCCCGCUCGCCAAGAUCAUUGGAAUCGAAAUUGUAGCCGGACUUGGCCCUGCAAUGCUUUUCCAAGUACCAAGAAUCAUCAUUCAGAACUCUGUUAGUCAGGCCGAGACCUCGUCUGCAACUUCUACACUGGGUUUCUCUGGUGGGCUCGCGACAUCGCUAUCGCUGGUGAUCGGCAGCGUUGUUUUCCAGAACAGUAUGGGCGCAACGCAUUCAGCACUCGUAUCCGCCGGGCUCGGUGCCGAGGCUCUCGAGGCGUUGGCCUCUGACAAGGCGGCUGCGAAUGUUGACAUCGUCAAGACGAUUCAGGAUCCUGCAAUGCGACGAGCGGUGCAAGAGGCGUUCGCGUGGAGCAUGCGCAAUAUGUUCAUAACCUAUACGGCUAUCGCAGCUGUAGCCGUGUUCGCCAGCGCAUUCGUCAAGCAUACAAAGCUCCGGACGAAGCAUGAAGAGACGAAGACAGGGGUUGAGCAUUUGACCGAGAGGAAGGGAUGA